AUGGCGUGGAAGUCAUUUGAGCCCCCAAAUUGCGACGCUGACGACUGGUUUGUUGUAACUAGUGACGAUGAAAGAAAUGAAGAUUAUUCUGAAGUUGGCAGCUCUCAAUUACGUGAGAAACAAUCCGAUUUCCACACGUCAAAGAUCAAAAGUUCGAGUCUCGACCCUUCAGAGCCACUUUCAAAGACUUUUUCAGCUUGUAACAAGGAGAUAGAAUCACCAAUAUCUCCGACGAGACGCACAUUUAAACUACUGGUAUGGUAUAGUGGAUUGGAAUUGCCCAUUGAAGUGGUGGAUGAAACUCAAAAGGUGCUAACAGUCACUACAGAAGGCUGUCUAAACCAGGAAAUGAUACGAGAGAUGGUGCUUACACAAUCACAGCUAUGUCAGAUAUUUCCUCAUGUGACGAAAGUGAAUGUAAAUGAGAUGAUUCAGGCAUGCGAACGUUUGCAGGACGAAAUGAAGUGGGUACCAUUACAAAGCAUUGAGAAAGAUAAUAUUAAAGAUGGAGUUAAGGUCUCUACACUGCAGCUGAAGUCCCAAAUUCAACAAUCAAUUGAUCCCAAGUGCUGUCAGCUGCUAAUCGAAACCAGAUUUGAAUCGAAAUCGGAUGGAAAACUUCAAGAUUGGCGAUGUGGAAGAUUCUUUAGUGAUGUUUUAGAAAAUACGUGGCGUUUUGAGCUUAAGACUGGACAAUUAAUUGACGCGCUGGAUACGAAUAAACGCUGGUAUGAAUCUCGCAUUGUAGAUACUGGUGCAGUGUAUGUAAAAAUUCACUAUCGUGGCUGGACCAACAAAUGGGAUGAAUGGCUUCGUCGAACGUCAACGCGUCUCGCUCCAUUACAUACAAAAGUGCCAAACUGGCGAGCAUUCCAAGUAAACGAUGAGGUUCUAGUUGGUACUGAAGUGAGCAGCAAAUCGUAUCCAGAGUGGCGAAAUGCACGUGUGACAGCGUGUGCUCGUAAAGGUGAGUCCUACCAAAUAGAAGUUGAUGUCGACGGAAAGAAGAAGUGGAUGGAUACACAGGAUGAACUUCUUUGCCAAAAAGGAACACAUAAGGCAGUCAAUACUAGUGUCAUAAAAGAUUUAACGAGUAUGGUAGUCCCUCACACAUUACUUGUGGAUUAUUUUGAGCGACCAAAAAAACAACUACCUUGUCAAGAGCAGCCUGUUGACAAAAUCGAGUCUAUUUCUCAGGCUACACAAGUCAUGCAAUCAGUAGUAGCUGCUAUAGAUAGUGAUGAGUGGUGUGUUGUCGACAAUGGAGAUGAAGGUUGUUCAAAGGAGAUCGUAGCAGCUGAGUGUAUGGCAAAUGAGGAUGUCAUCGAAUCUACAUCUCAGGAAGGUGACGAUGCUGUACGUGAUACCAUGAGUCUGAUGGAGCACUUGAGUACAGAUGGGCAUAAUUCUACACCAAAAGCGAAAAGUCAAAUGAAUGUGGCUAAAGAUAAGGACAACAAUUGGCGUUUUGAGCUUCAUGUUGGCCAACUAAUUGACGCACGUGACACGGACCGUAAAUGGUACGAAUCGCGAGUGGUGGCAUUGAAGUCUCAAUACGUCAAAGUACACUAUCGUGGGUGGACGUCCAAGUGGGACGAGUGGAUUGAGCGCACAUCGACUCGGUUAGCGCCGUUGUAUACAAAAAUCCAUAAUUGGCGCGCAUUUAAAGCAGGUGAUGGUGUGAUGGUGGGGCGACAGGUUGUUGGCAAGACGUAUCCGGAGUGGCGCAACGCCAUUGUGACCAAUUGUAUAGAAAGUAACGGGAAUCAAGGUCUUAGCAUUGAGGAACACACAAGGCUGUCAAUUCGUCGUUUCAUUUCCCACCGUUGUUUUAACUUAAUCCAAAGUCAGACAGUUUCAAACGCUAUUCCGACCCACAAUUGA